AUGGAAGGAGACGAGGAAGGGGUGAGGUCAGCACUUGACAGGGGUGCCCGGCCCAAGGUCACCGUCCCCACUGAUGCUGGGGUGUCAUGGAGUCUGCUGACUGUGGCUGCCAGCGAGGGCCACGAGCACCUGCUGUCUCUCUUACUGCAGGCAGGGUUAAGCAUAGAAGGUGGAGGCACCGCUGACAGGACACCGCUGAUGAUGGCUGCCCAGAAUGGCCACGCCCAUACAGUGAAGGCGCUGCUGGACCUCCGUGGUAACCCUCUGGCCAUGGAUAGUAGAGGUGAGGCUGCACACACCACGGUGCACGUCGCCAGUUAUGGUGGCCACGUGGAGGUACUGGAGCAGCUGGCAGGUGCUGGCUGGCCCCUCACCGCCAAGAACAGUGAUGGCCACACACCCAUGCACUUUGCUGCGGCCGGGGGUAGAGUGACAUGUGUGCAGUGGCUGGUGCAGCGAGGCGGUGACACAAGCAUACAAGAUAAUGCUGGACACACCCCGCUUGACCUGGUAGGCAGUGGGGAGGGGCAGGAGGGUGGACGUAUGCAAACUGUCUUACGAUCUGGUUCAAAGUUUAACAGAUAG